AUAAUGGUCUUCUUAUCCUCUAAUCUGUAAUUUUGUUAGAAGCGUAAAAAUAAGCAAUAGGUUUCGAAGUUUUUAAAUAAAUUAUUGUUUAACUAAGUACUCUCUUAAAUCGAACAUUAAACAAUAGUAAAGCUUAUAUCAUAAUUAGGACUUUGAAAUGGCUGAUGAUGGAGAAAACGUGGCGGUUAUGACCGUUAAAGAACCUCUGGACUUGAUAAGGCUUAGUUUGGACGAAAGGAUUUAUGUCAAAAUGCGCAAUGAACGCGAAUUACGGGGAAGAUUGCACGCUUAUGAUCAACAUUUAAAUAUGGUCCUUGGAGAUGCAGAAGAAACUAUUACAACAGUAGAGAUUGAUGAAGAAACAUAUGAAGAAGUUUAUAGAAGUACUAAAAGAAAUAUACCAAUGUUGUUUGUAAGAGGUGAUGGAGUAAUCUUAGUCUCACCACCUGUUAGGGUUGGAGCUUAGCUAAUAUAUUAAAUAAAAACAUUUUUAAUAAAUAAAUUUCUUGUUUAUUGUUUACUAAGCAGC